AUGCUGGACGACUGGAUUUACAUCUUCCUUCCAAGAAUCUCAUGCGCCUUGGCUUGGGUUGUGAACCCAAUUUUUGUUUACUUUAUUUUCACGGAAAAAUCACAAACUUUUGGCAAUUACCGAUACCUGCUUCUGUUUUUUGCGCUCUUCAAUUUGUUGUACUCGGUGGUAAAUGUGGUGGUUCCGAUUGAUAUCCACAAUUAUCGUUACUGCUUCUUCCUCAUCCUACGCCACGGAUGGUUUGUGGAAAUCUCCGACUUCCACUAUCACAUGGCUGCGGGUCGUUGCUCAUUGGUUGCAUCAAGCUACGCACUUCUCCUAGUUCACUUCAUCUAUCGAUUCCUUGUGAUCUACGAUUCAAGCCUCACUCGCUUACAUUUCCAUUGGUACAUGACUGGAUCCCUGUUGCUUUCUGUUGCAUAUUUUGUUGCCUGGCAAACAAUUUGUUGGUUUCUGGGUUAUGCAAGUGUUGAGAUGAGGCAAUAUGUCAGAGAGGAAAUACGUAGAACUUAUGGAAGAGAUUCGAUGGAUUUCAAUAUGAUUGGAACAUUGUACGAUGAAGCAUCCUACGAGGCAAAGUUCAAGUCAUGGUUGGCUACAAUAAUCUGGUCUUCAAUUUCAGUGGCUUCCAUUUCAGCAUACAUGGUUUUGGCUCUAUUGACAAUUCACAAACUAAAGAAAAUGAGUUGUAAUGCUAGCAAGAAGACUUCCAAGUUUCAAUUUGAGCUUCUAAGAGCUUUAAUUGUGCAAACCCUCAUCCCAAUAGUCAUCAGCUUUUCCCCAUGUCUUCUCUGUUGGUACACUCCUAUAUUUGGAAUUCAAUUGCCAAGAGAAUUCAACUACUUUGAAGUUGGUGCUCUGGGACUCUUCUCCUUCGUUGAUCCAAUUGCAAUCAUCCUAUGUCUCCCGAUUUUUCGUCAUCGAAUUUCAAAUUUUUGGAAAACAUCAACUACUUCUCUGGAAGAGCCCAGUACCAAGGUGCGGAACAUUUGA